UUUGUUUGAGGAUGUAGGCACCGGUCUGAAGGAACAUGGGACUGUGUCAGAGGUGGCGACGGCUCCGGCUCGCAGGGUUACAAGCCUGCGCGCUACAGACGGUGCGUGAGGUACUCAAAAGUUCCGAACCUGCCGAAGCCCGAGGUGCCGCUGUGUCGACCCCUCCACACUGGUUGGUAGAGCGGCUGGGCCUUUUUGAAGAGCUAUGGGCUGCUCACGUAAAGAGGUUAAAAAGCAUGGCACAGAAGGAACACCGGACUAUAAAGAUAACACUUCCCGGAGGCCAAAAAGUGGAGGCUGUGGCAUGGAACACAACCCCUUACCAACUAGCCAAGCAGAUCAGUUCAACACUGGCAGAUACUGCAGUAGCUGCUCAAGUGAAUGGAGAGCCUUAUGAUCUGGAGCGGCCCUUGGAGACAGAUUCUGACCUCAGAUUUCUGACAUUCGAUUCCACAGAGGGGAAAGCGGUGUUCUGGCACUCCAGCACCCAUGUUUUGGGGGCAGCAGCUGAACAACUCCUGGGUGCCGUACUCUGCCGAGGUCCAAGCACGGAAUGUGGCUUCUACCAUGAUUUCUUCCUGGGAAAGGAGCGGACUCUCCGGGGCUCAGAGCUGCCUGUUUUGGAGCGGAUUUGCCAGGAACUUACCGCUGCUGCUCAGCCGUUCCGGAGGCUAGAAGCUUCCCAGGAUCAGCUUCGCCAGCUCUUCAAGGAUAACCCCUUCAAGCUUCGCCUGAUCGAGGAGAAAGUGACAGGUCCAACGGCAACGGUGUAUGGGUGUGGCAUGUUGGUUGAUCUUUGCCGGGGCCCCCACCUUCGGCAUACAGGACAGAUUGGAGGACUGAAGCUGCUCACGAACUCGUCCUCCGUGUGGAGGUCUCCAGGUGCCCCCGAGACUGUGCAGAGAGUGUCAGGGAUUUCCUUCCCCACGGCGGACGAGCUGAAGGCCUGGGAAGAGUGGAGAGAGGAAGCGGAGCUACGGGACCACCGGCGCAUUGGGAAGGAACAGGAGCUCUUCUUCUUCCACGAGCUGAGUCCUGGGAGCUGCUUCUUCCUGCCUCGAGGGACGAGGGUGUAUAAUGCACUGGUGACUUUCAUCAGGGCUGAGUACACCCGCCGUGGUUUCUCAGAAGUAAAAACCCCCACACUGUUUUCUACGAAGCUCUGGGAAGUGUCAGGGCACUGGGAGCAUUAUCAGGAGGACAUGUUUGCCCUGCAGCCCCCGGGUCCCCAGAGGGACCACCCUACCAGCCACCCCACAGACACACUCGCCCUCAAGCCCAUGAACUGCCCUGCGCACUGCCUGAUGUUCGCCCACCGGCCCAGAUCCUGGCGAGAGCUACCCCUGCGCCUGGCGGACUUCGGGGUCCUGCACAGGGCCGAGGCCUCUGGCAGUCUGGGGGGACUGACCCGGCUGCGGUGCUUCCAGCAGGAUGACGCCCACAUCUUCUGUGCACCGGAUCAGCUGGAAGCAGAGAUCCGAGGCUGUCUGGAUUUCCUCCGCUCCGUCUAUGCUGUCCUUGGCUUCUCCUUCCGCCUGGCACUGUCCACCCGGCCGUCUGGCUUCCUGGGAGAGCCUUGUCUCUGGGACCAGGCUGAGCAGGUCCUGCAGCGGGCCCUGGAGGAAUUUGGAGAACCCUGGGACCUCAACCCUGGAGACGGUGCUUUCUAUGGGCCUAAGAUCGACGUGCGUCUGCACGAUGCCCUGGGUCGGCCCCAUCAGUGUGGGACAAUCCAGCUCGACUUCCAACUGCCCCUGAGAUUUGACCUCCAGUACAAGGGGCAGGCGGGGGCCCUGGAGCGUCCAGUCCUCAUUCACCGAGCCGUCCUAGGCUCUGUGGAAAGGAUGCUGGGAGUGCUGGCGGAGAGCUGCGGGGGGAAAUGGCCACUGUGGCUGUCCCCAUUCCAGGUGGUGGUCAUCCCUGUGGGGCCCGAGCAAGAGGCGUAUGCCAGGGAGGCACAGCAGAGCCUGCGGGCUGCAGGACUGGUCGGCGACCUGGAUGCCGACUCUACACUAACCCUCAGCCGGAGAGUCCGCCGGGCUCAGCUCGCCAACUACAAUUUUCAGUUUGUGGUUGGCCAGAGAGAGCAGAGCAAGAAAACAGUGAACAUUCGGACCCGGGAUAAUCGCCGACUUGGAGAACGGGACUUGACAGAGGCUGUGGGGCGGCUGCUGGAGCUGCAGAACAGCAGGGUCCCGGAUGCUGAAGAGAUUUUCUGAGUGUUUGCACAAGGAUAUGGCAGAGACCUGCAGGAGCCGCUGCGUCCCUGAACACAGGGGCGGCCAACCUCACUGACAGAGUCCCCACUGGGGUCCCCAGAGCCCUCGGAACUCAUGUGGGGAGUCUGCCCUGGAAAGAGAGUUGGUCCAGGGAAGCUGUAGCUGUUUGGAUGUGAGGAGAAUGAAACAAAAAAUAAUAAAGUGGAAGCUACUGAG